GAGCAUCAAAAUUCAAAAGCAAAGGUCCCAUCAUUUCCAUUAUUCCUUUCCCAUUGAAAAAAGAAAAACGAAAAGCAGCUUCUGUUUCUGUAUUCAGUGACUUCCAACUCAUUGCUUCAUGGUCUGAAUUAUUACAUGGUUUAAGGAUAUUGUGCCAAUUUCUUCAACUUUCACCAAUUUUGCAGAUUCCAUUUCCGUUUCUUUCUUUUUGUUCCCUGAGUUUCCAUUUUGGAUUUGUUCAUUUCUCGUCACCUUAUUUCUCAUAAUUCCACCAUGUCUGUCAUUGGAGGCUGCUCUUUCUGUGUUUUGGAGCUGUUGGGGGCAAGUUGCUCGACUCUGCGCUCAACUUUGUCGCUGAUCAUAAGCAACUCCACCCGCAGCUCAAGCAGUGGCAGUCCAUAUUGCCUGAUAUCCAAGCAGUGUUGGACGAUGCAGAGGAGAAACAGAUCAAGAACGAGGGCGUGAAGAAAUGGUUGGAGGAUCUCCAGGACUUGGCUUACGAUGUGGAUGACAUCUUGGAUGAGUUCGCUUAUGAAGAGUUACGUCUCAAGCUCAACAAAUCGCAAGCUCAAGCCAGCACUAGCAAGGUACGGAAACUCAUUCCUACCUGCUGUACCACUAGUAAUUUCACUCCACUUCUUUCCUGUUUAAGAAUUCCAUGAUUCCCAAGGUGAAAGAGAUCACUGAUACACUGAAUAGUUUGACUACUCGAAGAAGUAGUUUGGGGUUGAGUGACCUCUUGUCUCAAGCUCCAACCUCCAAGGGAAAGCAACAAAGGCUGCAACCAACUUCCGUACUGGAUGGAGUUGUGGAGUAUGUUGGUAGACACAAGGAGAAGACAGAAAUGAUUGAGUUGCUCAAAGGUAAUAACUCCAAUGGAGUUUCAGUCCUUUCCAUCGUGGGCAUGGGAGGGAUGGGUAAAACAACUCUUGCUCAGCUUGUUUACAAUGACGCCACCAUCAACGAGUCUUUUGAUCUCAAGGCCUGGGUAUGCGUUUCUGAUAAUUUUGAUGCAAUUGCUAUAACAAAGGCAAUUUUACAGUCCAUCACUUCUGAGUCAUGUGAUUACAGUAACUUGGAUUUACUUCAAGUUAAGUUGAAGGAGAAAUUGUCGGGUAAAAGAUUCUUGCUUGUUUUAGAUGACAUUUGGAACGAGAAUUAUAAUGAUUGGACCAUCUUACGGUCUCCGUUUGGAGCAGGGACCACUAUCAUUGUAACCACUCGUCUUCAAAUUGUUUCAUCUAUUGUGGAUCCGCUCAAAGCUUUUCAUUUGGAUAAGCUAUCGGAUGAUGAUUGUUUAUCCAUAUUUACACAGCAUGCAUUAAAAGCAAGAAAUUUCGAUGGACAUCCCCAGUUCAAAGAAAUUGGAGAGAAAAUUAUUAGAAGGUGCAAUGGCUUACCUUUGGCUGCAAAAGCUAUUGGAAGCUUGCUACGCACAGUUAAAUAUCAUGGAGAAUGGGGAAGAAUAUAUGAGAGUGAGAUAUGGAACUUACCAGAAGAGCAGUGUGGCAUAAUUCCAGCUUUGCGAUUAAGCUACCAUCAUCUUCCGUCAUACUUGAAACGAUGUUUUGCAUAUUGCUCCAUACUUCCUAAAGACUAUGAAUUUGAAGAAGAAGAAAUUAUCUUGUUAUGGAGAGCGGAAGGUCUCUUGCAACAAAAAGCUAUGCCUCAAGUUAAAGAUAUUGGAAAUCAAUAUUUUCAAGAUCUAGUGUCGAGGUCAUUUUUUCAGAUAUCCAGUAAAGAUGAGUCCCGAUUUGUAAUGCAUGACCUUAUCAAUGAUUUAGCUCAAGUAGUUGCAGGAGACAUAUGCUCCAAACUGGAGGGUGAUAUGCAACAAAAGUUCUCAAAUCGCACUCGACAUUCUUCUUAUAUUGUCAGUAGAUAUGACACAGUGAAGAAGUUCGAAGCAUUUGAUCAAGUGAAAUCAUUACGUACUUUUCUACCUUUACAGUUGUCACGUUAUUGGAAGCUUUAUUUAACUAAUGUUGUUUUGGUUGAUUUGUUGCCAAAACUUGGCUACUUAAGGGUGCUUUCUUUGAGUGGGUAUAAAAUCACUGAGUUGCCUGAUGUUUUUGAAAAUUUAAAACAUCUUCGCUACUUAAAUUUUUCUCACACCCAAAUCAAAUGCCUACCUGAUUCUUUGUGCACUCUUUAUCAUUUGGAAACUUUAUUACUAAAAAGUUGUUCCAAACUUCAAAGGUUACCUUCAAAUAUGGGAAAUCUUGUGAACUUGCAUUAUCUUGAUAUCAGAGGUGCCUACUUAAUAGAAAGGUUUCCUUUUAGAAUUGAUAAGCUAACGAAUCUUCAAAGGUUAUCAAAUUUUAUCAUAGGGGAAGGUGAUGGACAUAGUAUCAGAGAAUUGAAAUAUUUGUCAAACCUCAAAGGUGAUUUUUGUCUUUCUAGGUUGGAGAAUGUUAAUGUUGAAGAUGCAGGGGAAGCCAAGUUAAAUGAGAAGCAGGGAAUUGAUCGAUUGGUAUUGAAAUGGAGUUGGGACUUUAAGAAAGAUACAAGGAAAAAAGAGGUUGAAGAAUGGGUGUUAGACUCUCUUCAUCCUUCUAAAAAGCUUGAGCAACUCGUCAUUGAGAAUUAUGGUGGUGCAAAAUUCUCUACUUGGAUUGCAGAUCCUUCCUUCAAAAAUAUGUUGUCAUUGGAGCUUCACGACUGUAAAAAUUGCAAAUCUCUACCAUCGAUUGGAAGGUUGUUGUUGUUAAAAGAUCUUUCAAUUAGUGGUUUGGAUCAAGUACACAAGAUUGGUGCUGAGUUGUUUGGAGAAAAUCAAUCAAAUGCUUUUGCAUCAUUAGAGUCUCUGCGUUUUGGCAAUAUGCUGAAUUGGAAGGAGUGGGACCUAUGUGAAGAUGAUGAGGAAGUAUCGAAAUUCCCCAGCCUUCGUUUUCUUUCAAUCAGAGAAUGUCCUCUAUUGCUGGGAAGGUUGCCAAUCAUCCUUCAAUCCUUGCAGAAGCUUGAAAUCUAUGAGUGUAAGAGACUGGUAGUUUCAAUUUCAAGUUUUCCCUUGCUGCGUAAAUUAAGUGUUGAAGGGUGUGAAGAAUUGGUGGAUGAAGGUUCUUUGUCUGUACAGAUGGUUACCUCUUUGAAACAUGUCUUUCUUUCAAAUAUUUCAAAAUUUUAUAUUUCAGCAGAGAGGAUAAUGUUGAGAUUUGCAAAGUCCGAAACAUUCAAGAUCUCUGGUUGGAAGGAGUCGGGAUCUUUGUCCCAAAAUGGGUUCAGCUUAGUUGGGCAUCGUUUCAUUAGUAUUAAGGAUUGUCCCCAAUUGGUCUCUUUGGAAACAGAGGAGGAGAGAUUGCAACUUGACAAGAUUCCAGGUGUUGAAUCUCUGAUAAUAGUGGAUUGUGAAAGGCUCAAUAGACUACCAGAUGCCAUACAUGCUUUCCCAUUCAUUACAAGAGUAGAACUUGUAAAGUGUCCACGCUUGGUUUGUUUUGCAGAGAGUAACUUUCCUCCUGCUUUAAAAGAGCUGAGGAUUGGGAAUUGCGUGAAUUUGCAAUAUUUGGUUGAUGAAAAAGAAAAUAAUAAUAAGAGUAUCAGUAGCAACACUUAUCUUCUUGAGCGCUUAGAUAUAAUAUACUGUCCAUCUCUAAUAUGGUUAUCAUCAAGGGGCGACAUAUGCAAUCGGCUUCAACAUCUGGAUAUUAGGAACUGUUCAAAGCUAACUAGCUUAUUUUUAAAUGCCAAGUUACCCGUAAUGCUUAAACAGCUUCUUAUUUGGAAUUGUCCGGUGUUGGAAUGCAUAGCCCAAGACUUCCUUGAAACCACUGAUCUCGAAAGCAUUCUAAUUAGGGGUGCUGACAAAAUUAAAUCAUUACCACGGGGAUUCGACAAGCUCAGUCAUCUUCAGGAGAUUCGAUUAUCUAGGUGUCCAAAUCUGGUUUCAUUUGAAGAAAGUGGGUUGCCCGCCACAAAUCUCAGAGUUUUCUUAAUUAGUAAUUGUGAAAAUUUUGGAGCCCUUCCCAAGUGCAUCAACUUCACCUCCCUUCGACAAUUAGCGGUGUCGAAGUGUUCGGCUGACAUAUCCUUUCCAGAAGAGGGUUUCCCUACCAACCUUACAUCACUUCAAAUCUCAAACGCACCUAAAAUUUAUCCAUCACUUGUUCAAUGGGGAUUUAACAGACUCACCUCUCUUCAACAACUCAAAAUCAGAGGUGGAGGAUGCUCAAAUGUGGUGUCGUUUCCAGAAGAAGGGAUACGAAAGACGCUGCCUCCUUCUCUAACAUCUAUUUCCAUUGAAAAUUUUGAGAAUUUGGAGUUCAUAUGCUCCAAGGGCUUUCGAUACCUCACCUCUCUUCAAGAAUUGCGAAUCUAUGAUUGUCCUAAGCUCACAUCUCUUCCGGAAAAGAUAUGCUUCUCUCGCUUGAGCACCUACAUAUUUCAAGUGCCCAUUGCUAGAAGAAGGGUGCAGUAGGGGUAGAGGACGAGAGUGGUCCAAGAUUGCCCACAUACCUUUUGUUAAAAUUGAUAUUAAAACAGUCAUCCCGAGGGAAAUAGAUUGAAAUUUAAGCAGCAAAAUCUGGCAUCGAUUUCUCCACACUCAAACCACAGGCAUUAAAGGCUAAACCGGCGAAAAAUAGAGAGACCUUCAAUUUCAAGUGAUGGUUUGUUGCUCUUUGUGGAUAGAUUUCUGUUAUUGCAUAAGGAUAUCAAUGCCAAGUGCCAACAGAUUUCGUCAUCACUGUAGACAUGGUACUGAUGUUUGCAGGAUUAAUGGAGGGAUACAGUACACGUUACAACAUGGCAUUAGAGAGCUUAAUUUAACAAUAACACAACAGAGUUCACUGAGCUGCAAUUUGGGGUUUCACUUGUAAGUCACGGGUCACAUUGAGAUUAUUCAUCCUUGGAACUUCCCAAAAAUUGUUCUGUCCAAUCUCAAAGAUGUCCCGUCUUAGUUUUCCGAAUUUCUCAGACCAUGAAUCGAUUCAGAGGCUGCAUCACUUCACUUGAUGAGGAAUUGCUUCUUUGAUCAUGUGGAUUGAGCGACAUAAACAAACUCACUGUCUCUGGAAACCAUGAAAUUGGUGGCAGAUAAAAGGCCAAAUGGUACCACUGGGGAGGUGUACGUACCUUCGGGUGAUAAACCCUUGAAUGGUGGGCAUCCCAAGAGGGCAAUACCAGCUUAUGGGCUCAACAAUGGCACAACGUGGUUAGUUUGGUUUCUAAUGCUUUUAGUAUCAUCUAUCUCUAUCUACACAAAUCAUGAACCUGUCUUAGGUCUCCAUUGAUGACUGAUACGAGGCUAGGAUGUUUUAAAUAAAGUAUUGCUUUUGAAAAUUUUGAGAUUGAAAACAAAAAUGUUGGUCAAUUGCUCUAAGUUUGUAGGUAGUUAUUGUGGCGAGGUAUUUUAUUUGAUGUAAUUCUAGUGUAAUCUCUAUUUUUUAAUAGCGAAUUUCAUUUUUAGUUCUGCCCGUGGAUGUAAGGAAUAUUCUCGAACCACGUAAUUCAUCGUGUUCACUUUCUCUA